AUGACAUUGGAACAAACAGUUGAAAGAGGAUCCUGGCAGGAGGAGGAUGCUCAUAAUACCAGAGGACUUGGAUCUAGCCUAAAGGACCGUAUUCCAGUUAUUGAACUUUCAGCAAGAGGGCCUUUUGAAAGCCAUGAUCUUCUGUGGAAAGGUUUUUCUUAUGUGAAAAAUGAACUGUUACCAAGCCAGCUCAAAUUAUCAGAAAAAAAAAAACAAGAAAAAAUGAAUUUUCCCACACCAAGGAACAUCCAGGGUCUCUUUGCUCCUCUAAAAUUACAAAUGGAAUUCAAAGCAGUACAACAGGUUCAGUGUCUUCCACUUUUUUCAAGUUUAAACCUUUCAUUGGAUGUUUUGAGGAGUAAUGAUGAGACUAUUGGGUUUGAAGACAUUCUCAAUGAUCCAUCACAAAGUGAACUCAUGGGGGAACCACAUUUCAUGGUGGAAUAUAAACUGGUUUACUGUGAUACACGUGCUGUUCAUGAACGAGAGGGGCUGCAUCUUGUGGCAGUUGUCUUUUCUUAUAAUUUGAUGUACAUGACAUUAAAAGUACUGACACAGGAAAAAAGACCCGGUCAGCCAGAGCAGCCUCCGACGCAGCGGCUGGAGGAAAACAUGGCAGCAGUGGCCCAGGAAGCAACAUCCCUUACUGAGGAAGGGUUCCUGAGCCUGGACUCGCCCACCUACGUCCUGUACAGGGACAGAGCAGAGUGGGCUGAUACAGAUCCAGUGCUACAGAAUGUUGGUCCCAAUCCAGUAGUGCAGAUCAUCUGUAGUGAAAGAUUCAGAGAUGUUUAUGAUUAUUUCCGAGUUGUUCUGCAGCUUGAUGAGAGAAGCGAGCACCCCUUGACGCUCACUCGGGAUGCCAUUGAAUUAAAUGCAGCCAAUUAAGCAGUGUGGCAUCUUCGAAGAGUUCUCUUACGGUCACUCCAAAAGGAUCUACAUGAAGAAAUGAACUACGUCACUACCAUAAUUGAGGAACAGUCCAAAAACUAUCAAGUCUGGCAUCAUAGGCGAGUAUUAAUAGAAUGGCUGAAAGAUCCAUCUCAGGAGCUUGAGUUUGUUGCUGAUAUUCUUAAUCAGGAUGCAAAGAAUUACCAUACCUGGCAGCAUCGGCAGUGGGUCAUUCAGGAAUUUAGACUUUGGGAUAAACUACAGUAUGUGGACCAACUUCUCAAAGAGGAUGUGAGAAAGAACUCUGCGUGGAACCAAAGAUACUUUGUCGCUUCUAACAUCACUGGCUGCGACGGUCAUGCGGUACUGGAGAGAGAAGUCCAGUACACUCUGGAAAUGAUAACACUUGUACCACAUAAUGAAAGUGCACGGAACUAUUUGAAAGAGAUUUUGCAGGAUCAUGGUCUUUCCAAAUAUCCCAACCUGUUAAAUCAGUUGCUUCAUUUACAACCAAGUAGCAGUUUCCCUUACCUAAUUGCCUAUGUGGAUGUCUAUGAAGACAUGGUAGAAAACCAGUGUGACAACAAGAAAGACAUUCUUAAUAAAGCAAUAGAGUUAUGUGAAAUCCCAGCUGAAGAAAAGGACACUAUAAGAAAGGUGUAUUGGAGAUAAAUUGGAAGAUCCCUUCAAAGUAAACACAGCAGAGAAAGUGCUGAGAAAUGUAUGGCAAUAACACCAUCCAGGAGAACUUGA